ACGACGCUGAGUUUUGAGCUUUGUUGAAUGUUGUUCCCGGCGGUGGAGAAGGUGGAUACGCCGCCGGAGCUGGAGAAACCGACGGACAAACGGCCGAAGGUGGAGAAGGUGAUGACAUGACUCCUGAGGGCGGAGAAGGCUCUGGACAGAAGGCCGGAGGUGGAGAAGGUGAUGGACACAGUGGCCGACGUGGAGAAGGUGACGUUGAGACGGACCUAGCCAGAGAGGAUGAAGGACAGACGUCGCCGGCGGCCAUGGACGUCGUUUCUGACCUCGAUGGAGAAAGGUUGGCAAAGGAGAGUAAACUUGGAAAAGAUCCGGAAGUUGGUAUGGAGUUUGAAAGUAGAGAAGCGGUCUAUGAUUUUUACAAAGCAUAUGGGAAGCGGUCUAUCAAUUGUACUGCAGUGUUUGCGGGCUGGUCAUAGAGGUACUCAGUCAAAAAAUCAAUUGAAGCCCCAACCUUCAAUGCAAAUAGGGUGUGGAGCUAGACUACGUGCGCACGUAAUUUAUUCGGGACUUUGGCAAAUUUCAAAAGUGUUUCUAC